AUGUUCUCAAAAACAGAAGAAGAUCGUCUUUCAUUGAGUGAUAUUAUCAUGCCAUGUGUUUAUAUUCGUUCAUUACUCGUCUACAAUUAUCAUAUCGAUGAUUUAGAACAACCAUUCAAUGAGUAUCUUCGUCAAUUUUGUCCACAAGCAUUGAAACGUAUUAUUGAUGAUGACCGUUAUCCAAUGGGUGGACGCAUAGUGAAUUGUGAGAAUGAACAAGAACGAAAAGUAUUCUCGCGCGAAUCAAGAUUAAAUGAAAGCAUAGUUAAAUAUUUGGGCAAUGAUCUGCUUAAUGAAGAUAUAUUUCCUUAUGGUAUAAUACCAACAGAUUUGUCACCAUUGAUCUUUAUACAUCAAAUCUACUUACAAGAUGGAACUUUAUUAGCAAUAGGUUGUCAUCACUACUUAACGGAUGGUCAUGGACUAAGUACUUUGGGUCAACGAUUUGCAAGUUGGCUCAAGGAAAAAAAAUCAUUAUCGUUCGAUCACGAUCGAUCGAAAUUGCAAAAUCUCGCUCGUUUGUCUUCGAUUCAAUUCGAUCAUCCAGAAAUGAGUCUUGUCGAACCUAUCGGCUAUUCUUUAUUUGCUCGAUCUUCAUCAAAUACAAUCGUCAAAUGUUAUACAAAAACCUAUCUUUUUGAUCGAUUGAAUAUAAUGAAUAAGAACGGACUUAUUUCAGUCAAUGAUGUUCUUACGGCAUGGUUAACUCAAAUAAUAAGUCGAAUUCGUUGCAUUUCUCGUCAAUCGACGGUCAAAAUUGGUAUGGCUAUGAAUGGUCGAACUUUCUUGCCCGGUAUUGAUGCAAACUAUUUUGGUAAUUGUACUUUUUAUUUGUGUCUCUCCUUUUCAAUGUCCGAUCUCGAUGAUCUUACUAUUGAUGAACUAGCUCAACGAAUCAAUAUUGAAAAACGACAGUUAAUGACAACGGAAUACAUUGAAUCAGCAUUGGCAUUCAUUGAUAAACAUUAUCGUUCGUCAAUGAUUCAUCUAGGUUGGCAAACGACGGGAGGUAAUGACCUGUCAUUUACUAAUUGGACACGAUUUCCUUUGUACAGAUGUGACUUUGGUCAAGGUGGAGCGAAACAGUUCAAAUUAUGUUCAAUUCAAUCUGACGGUCUUAUUUUUAUUUUACCAACAAUGAACAACGAUGAAAUCGAACUUCACAUCACAUUACAAACUGAACAUGCAAAAGUUCUACUCAGUAAACUUAUUUAA